AUGUCUUCACAGCCUAGCCUCGAACUUAUCCACCUCGCUCCAGAGCUCGUGGAAAACGUGGUCGAGCAAGUCAGCCACAAAGGAGACCUGUCCAAUAUUCGACUAGCUUGCAAAACACUAGACAAGCACGCCGUGAAACAGCUGUUCAAAGAAGUGAUCCUCUCCCCGGCGGAGAGGCACCUGAGCGCCUGGACCAGUAUUAGCGAGGACGAUGUUACGCAUAUUGAAGAUUAUGGGUGGAACUACCAGGAAAGCGAUGAGGAAGAGGCCCUGGAAUGUUUCGGGGAUGCCCUAGCAGCAUUGUCGAAGUUUCCCAACCUGGAUUCAUUGGAGAUUGGCUUCAGCCCGGAAUGCAUAGGCCGAGAUCAUGACCUCUGGCAGGAAACAGCGGAGGAAAUCUCAGAGCGGGAACACGUGUUGACGCAAAUCUUCCAGGCCAUCCAGGACAGGGCGGCAGACGAAAAGAAUAGGAAAAUUCGCAAAUUAACAAUCGUCAACCUCCAAAAUUGUCCCACCCCUGAAUUUACCUCGUCCGAUCUCUUCCGCGAUGUAAUGGGUCAGCUACAAGAGCUGCACAUAUCUGUUUUGCAAGAGUGCAAUGAGCAUGGACCCGACCAUGACUACACCAAAGUCGAGUUGCAGACCUGGCCGGCCUAUUUCUGUUCGCACUGGCUUGCACCUAUCUCAAAGAAUCUCAACGCAUUAUCCAUCUACAACAAGACAGACAAUUGGGGUCCCUUCCCCGGCUUCUUCGACCCCAGCGGCAUCUCAUUCCCAAAGCUCGAGACAUUAGCCCUAGGCUACUAUACCCUUGCGCACGACAACGACUUUGACUGGGUUCUAGCUAUUACGUCACUCCGAAAGCUCAUCCUCCACAAUUGUAUGAUUAAUUCCUGGAUGAGCAUUUAUAACGAUAACAUGGACGAAUGGAAGGUCCGGACGCACGAUUGGACCGCAAUGCCCGACCGGGACGUAGACUGGCAUAAGGACUUCUCAUACGCUGGAACAUGGAGCCAACGAUUCGAUCGCAUCGCGGAAGCCUUGCCAAAUUUGAUUGACUUCCGAUUUGACUACGGGUCGUCAUAUGAGGCACCUGAGUAUAUCAUCACAGGACGAAACAACUGCGCUGCUAGGGUGUUCCCGCGGAGAUAUGUUUGCUUCGAUAACGGGAUCUUGCCAACGCACUGGCCGGAAGCAAAGCCUGAUGGAACGAUACAUUCGUUUCUGGACGACGGAUUUCCUAUCAAUAUGCACAAGGAAACCUUGGAGUCAGACCAGAAGAGCCUGGAGGCAUUGCUUCAGAAGCUGAAGUUGAGAAACUAG